AUGUCAACCCCCAAGGCACGCAAGUUUAUUAAGGUAGGCGGCAAUGUCGGUAUGCUCACGGGACGUCGUAAUCGUCAAGAGACAAUGUUGUCAAUUCGUAAGUCGAAAAAGGAAGACGCUUACGCUACGCGACGUAAUCUCAAGGCCAAUCAUUCACCAGCCGCUGCACAAACCGCGAGUCGCAAGGAACUUUUACUUAAUUUGGCCUCACGGUCCCAGGCUUUACUACUUGGCAUUCAACGUCCGGACGCACUGACGAGACAAAAGUCGAUGCGUGCUUUUGUGUAUCUACUGUCAAGCGGUGUACCGCCGCUUUUUGACGAGAGUGAUUCACAGCAUGAAGGUCUAUGGUGUACUAUCCUUGCUGCCUUGCCCUUGUUUGUGGCGAUUCUGAAUGAGGACCUGUCGGACACUAUUGCAGUGCAGCUGCACUCGGACGCAGCCUUUGCGAUGCGCUUUAUUUCUUCCAUGGACAAGGCCAGUGAUGUGAUUGCAACGGGUGCAGUUCCAAAGCUUGUGCAAUUGUUUCAGUCAGGCAUCUCAGAGCUACAGAUUCAAGCUGCCUGGUGUCUAGGCAAUAUUGCAUCCGCGUCGGCCGAGUGCUGUGAAGAGAUCGUCAAAUCGUGUCCACCUAAUAUGGUGCUGCCUCACAUUCGGAUGGCCACACCUGCUCUCCGGCGUGCGGCGGUAUGGCUGCUACGUAGUCUUGUGGAGUUCCCAGAUGUUAUGGAUAAGAGUGGCGUGAUGGUACUAGACACGAAGCGAGAGAUGAUGGAGGUGCUGUCGAGCAUUAUCCUGCAGCUAUCGAAUAAAAAAGUAAGCAAUUUUGUGUCAGCGAAUGGUCAGGGUGAAGAGGCGAUUAAGUUCAAAAAGGCUACGGCUAUCGCGCCAUGGCGGAUCUUUGAGGUCAACACGGGCAAGCCUGCUCCUAACGACAUUGCCGUCGUGCGGUUUGUGCGUGAAGUGGAUGAUACGACCGUGGAGGUCAUGGAUGUCGACGUAAACUUUGAGACUGGCGAGAACAUGGUAUUUCGAGCAAAGAAGGUAGAUAUGCGGCCGCUGCAAGUCAUGGAUGAUGCAAUUGGUGAAGACGAAGACGAGGAUGAAGAAACCGAUCUUCUGGAUGAGCAAGUACUCACGCUAUGCGAUAGCUGCUGGGCACUUGUUGAGAUGACACUACACAACAGCGACGUUGUUAGUGGUAUUGUCAACGCAGGUUUGUGUCCCCGACUUGUUGAGCUCCUUUACAUUUCUCAAAGCAGUAUCAUCCUCGCACCAGUUUUGAGACUACUGGGCAACAUUGUGUCCGCGGAGAUUGUAUUUUCUCAGGCCGUGAUUGAUGCUAAGCUGCUGGAGGUGAUCCCGAGUGUAAUGACCACUACCAGCCGUGCAGUGCGCGAAGAAGCGUGCUGGAUGCUGUCAAACAUUGCUGGCGGACAAGAAGAGCAGGUAGUCGCAAUGAUGAAUGCUCCUGGAGUUAUCGCGGGUUUGGUGGAGCAGAUGUCAUGGGCAGAGUAUGGUGUGAAGCGCGAGGCUACGUGGGCCAUUUGUAAUAUCAUUGUGAGGGCUAACAUCGAAUUUGUGAAGGAAGUGUUGCAUAUGGGAGUGCUACAGUUAUUCUGCCCGCUUCUUGACGAGUGGGAAGACCCAAUGGUGGAGUUGGUUAUCUUGGAGGCAGUUGAAAGCUUAUUGCAGAAGGAUCCACAGGAAGGCCGCAUAGCAAUUGAGGAAAGUGGAUGUCUGGCAAAGAUAGAGGAGCUAUCUUACGAUCAGAACGAAGACGUUAGCAGUAUGGCAUUGCAGCUGAUAGACACGUGGUUCGAUGGCGAGGUUGAUGAGACGGACUCAACGUUGGCGCCGGACGUUGUGGGGUCUGAGCAAACCGGCGAGACGUUCACCUUUCAACCAGUGCAGGGUGACGUUCAAUUCAACUUCAGCCAGAAUUAA